GCGGGGGACUCAUCGUGCAGAACAUUAUAAUGCCGUUAACUGAUUAUUAGUAUCGCUGUUUACCGAAGUUUUGAGGACGAGCUGUGUAACAGAUAUGUAAAGUCUAAAACAUGAUUAUCAACCUUUGUCGCAGACUUGACGUCGAAUGGGGCCAAAAACAUUAACAGAAACUGCACUCGAUGCGUCAACAAUCUAAGGGGGGAAGGCUAACUAGCAUCUACAAAAACAAAACUGUGUUCUCGCUCCCUCGUCCUCUUUCUCCCGAUGAGCUGGUUUCGUGAAAUAAUCUUGAAUGAAAUGCGUUUAAAUGUGCGACUUAAAGGCAUCUUGACCUCGUCGCGUCAUUGUGAAAUCGCCUGGAGAGGGACCGCUCACUGUUUUCCCCACACACCAAAGAUGACAGCUCCAUCAAACCGAAUCCACGCAGCGCCACAGGAACAGCGCUACUUGGUGCUGUUCGACUUUGAUGAGACCAUCAUCAAUGAGAGCAGCGACGAUGCUGUGGUGAGUGCUCUGCCGGGCCGGCGGCUCCCUGACUGGCUGAAAAACAGCUACAGGGAGGGGCAUUACAACGAGCACAUGCAGAAGGUCUUGGCCUAUAUGGCGGAGCAGGGUGUGUCUGAGGACUCCAUCCGUUCAGCAGUGGAGAAGAUCCCGCCAACGCCUGGCCUCCUGAACCUCCUCCACUAUCUGCAGAGCCACCAGCAGGAUUUUGAGUUAGUGGUGGUCUCUGAUGCCAACAUGUACUUCAUCGAGACGUGGCUCGAGCAUGCCGGGGUGCGUCACCUUUUUCGGAAGAUUUUCACAAACCCGGCCAGUUUUGAUGCGACUGGCCGGCUUGUGCUUCUCCCUUUCCACUCCCACUCGUGCUCCCGUUGUCCUGACAACAUGUGCAAGCAGGUGAUCCUUCGCGACUAUCUGGCCUGCCGAGAAAAGGAGCGUGGAGGUGCACCCUUCCAGAAGGUAUUCUAUAUCGGAGACGGAGCCAAUGACAUCUGUCCCUCUCUGGCUCUGGGGCCCGGGGACACAGCCUUCCCCAGGAUGGACUUCCCCAUGCACAGGCUGCUGCUGGGGAUGCAGCAGUCCCAGGCAGCCAAGUGCAAGGCAAAUGUAGUUCCUUGGGCCAGUGGUGAGGACAUUGUGGUCCGCCUGAACAAAAUAAUGAAGGAGAGAUGAGAUGUGUGUGUGUGUCUCUCUCUCUCGAUCUGCGUGUGUGUGUGUGUGUGUGUG